GGCGAAGGGUAAAAGGAAGGAGUCCGGAGGACUGUAGGGUUGGGGGAUCUGGAGAGGAAAUCUUGAAGUCUGAAAUCAAAUCGGAAACAAAUAAGAAAGAAGAUUUUAGUAGAAAUGGCGAUGAGGAACGCUUACAGAGAGAUGAAAGGACUGAAGGUGAAGGAAGUCCCGGCGAAGCUGAAGCCCUAUUUCACGGUGGACUACCUCAAGAACGCCGUCCAGAGGGGCCUCGACAACUACCACGCUAAGUACAUCCAGACCAGUUCUUUCGACCCCGUCUAUCACGUCUGCAUUGGCGGGAUGAUCUUCUCCUAUCUCGUCGCUCUUCCCGAGGAGCGUCGCCACCUCGAGCACAAGCAGCAUGCCGCCGAUCACCACUGAUUGACUUUUCUUCCCAUCAUUUCCUUCCUUUUUUCCAAAAAGAAACAAAGCUUCAGCAAAGUCCUCAAUUGGCUGUGUCUUUGAAGCAGUGGCAGUGAAGACCCAUUUUUCUGUUUGUUUAUGGUUUUGUGUAUCUCCUUAAGAUACAUGUGUAUUGCAGUGGAGCAUUUGGCUGAAAAAUAAUUUGUUACAUACUUGUUACUUUUAGUACGUAUGACGCUUGGCUAUUUCACUGCUAUGUUGAUGUUGAUCUUCAUUCUAAUUGAUUGGUGAUUCUGGUCUUUGUUGAUUUUUCCGCC